GUUGAUGGAUGGAAGCAGCAAAAUCUGUUCUGUGUUUCAGUACAAUGGCAUGUGCUUGCAAGGCCCCAGUGGCGUUCCCGGACGGGAUGGAAACCCAGGAAUCAACGGGAUCCCCGGGACUCCUGGAAUCCCAGGACGGGAUGGGCUGAAGGGGGAGAAGGGCGAGUGCAUGCGUGAGAGCAUCGAGGAGUCCUGGACACCCAACUUCAAGCAGUGUUCAUGGAGUGCACUUAAUUACGGCAUCGAUCUUGGGAAGAUAGCAGAAUGCACCUUUACAAAGAUGCGCUCCAACAGCGCUUUGCGCGUCCUCUUCAGCGGGUCGCUGCGGCUGAAGUGCAGAAGCGCUUGUUGUCAGCGCUGGUACUUCACCUUCAACGGAGCAGAAUGUGCUGGACCUCUUCCUAUUGAGGCCAUAAUAUAUUUAGAUCAAGGAAGCCCAGAGCUGAAUUCUACUAUUAAUAUACACCGAACUUCUUCAGUGGAAGGUCUGUGUGAAGGGAUCAAUGCUGGCUUGGUGGAUAUUGCCAUCUGGGUAGGGACUUGCUCAGAUUAUCCACGGGGAGAUGCUUCUACUGGAUGGAAUUCAGUCUCCCGGAUCAUCAUCGAAGAACUGCCAAAAUAACUUUCCCUCCCUUUUUAUAAUCUCUCCCUAUUUUUUAUUUUGUACAACUUUCUUCAGAGUUUAAUUCUAUAGAGUUGGAUUCAAGUAUUUGACUGAAAGGCACCAAAGUCUUGCAUCUGUAGUCUUUGUCUAGCCUUUUUUUGCACAUUGCAGAGGCUUUUUAUAAUAAUCAUUUUAUAAUAUAAAUAUAAAACCCCAAUGUAAGUAACUUUUAAAAUUCCUUGACAUAUGAAAAUAUACCACCACCAUUUUAAGAAUUAACUGUAACUUUUUGUAUCAAAUAAAUAAGACCUUUUUCACAAAAAACCUCUCGGCUACUUUAUUGAUCAUCAAACUGUUUAAAGUACUUUAC